AUGCUAAGAUCAAAGGGAAUACUGGGGAUAAGACGGUUCAGCAGCUCAAGAAGUACAUUGGCAGACUAUUCACACGCUGUUAUUGGUGCUGGUGUUGUUGGGUUAGCUAUAGCUGCAGAAUUAUCGAAAAAUCCUGGUAAUAAAGUGGUUCUUAUUGAAAAAAACACUAAAAUUGGUGAAGAAACUAGUUCAAGAAAUAGUGAAGUUAUUCAUGCUGGUCUAUAUUACCCUAAGGAUUCAUUAAAGGCUCAGUUAUGUAUCGAGGGGAAAGAAUUGCUUUAUAAAGAAGCUUUUAGAGCUGGUGUUGAUAUGCAAAAAUGUGGGAAAUGGAUUGUUGCACAGACUGAUGUUGAAGAUGCUUAUAUUGAAAACAUAUAUUGGAAAUCAAAAGAUUUAGGUGUCAAUACUGAAUUGAUUCCAGUUGCUAAAGGUCGUUAUAUUGAACCUGCUAUCCAUGCUGAAAGAGGUAUUUUAUCAUCUCCAACUUCUGGUAUAAUAUCUGCACAUUCAUUAAUGGAUUAUUUAUAUACAAUUUUCCAAGAAAAUGAUGGUGAAUUAGCCGUGGGAUCAAUUGUAACGGGAUUAUCUAAAACUCAUGAUGGUUAUGAAAUUUUAGCAAAAUCAACACAGGAAAAUGAAGAAGUUCAGAUUUCUGUAAAUAAUGUUGUUAAUUCUGCAGGAUUAUAUGCUGAUAAAAUCUCAAAUUUGUUAUUACCAUCAGAUAGACAUGUUAAACAUUAUUAUGCUAAAGGUAAUUAUUUCAAUUUUAGUAAUUCAUUUCCUCAAGUUAGAAGAUUAAUUUAUCCUGUUCCUAAAAAAGGUACAAAAUCAUUAGGAACUCAUUUAACUUUGGGACUUGAUGGACAAAUCAAAUUUGGACCUGAUUUAGAAUGGGUUGAUUCACCAACCGAUUAUAAACCAAGUGCAGGAAAUAAAUUAGAAGCUUUGAAAGAAAUUCAAAGAUAUUUCCCACAUAUCAUUGAACAAGAUUUAGAACCUGCUUAUAGUGGUAUUAGAUCAAAACUAAUUGGUCCAGAUAAUACUUCAUUCCAAGAUUUUGUUAUAAGAGAAGAAGAAGGUUUCCCAGGUUUUGUUAAUUUAUUAGGUAUUGAAUCUCCUGGAUUAACUGCAAGUAUGGCUAUUGGUAAAUAUGUAUCAAAGAUUUAUCACGGUUAA